ACUUGAUUUGCGAAGGGUGUAUCGGAAUUGUUACCGCGUUUCAGUAUAAUUCCGUAUAAAGUUCUUCAACCACUCAGACAGGAGCAUCAUAUCUCAGUGAAAAAAAUAUUUAGUCAACUGCAACAAAUUACAAUUGCAUGUUUUUAUUUUGUGCAUGUCCUAAAUUUAAUGAUUGUUCUAAAUCUGAUUGACACUGAGCAUUGCGAAAAUUCGUGGUUAGGAUACAGAGAAAAUGUCCAAACAAACAUCCAUUGACCAAUUUUUCCGGUCGGUGAACCCACAAAAGUGUUCACAAGAGAACCCGAAGAAAAAAAAGAAAAGAAAUCCCACGUCUCCGCCAACUCCUGUCGAAUCGAAAACUAUCAAUAUGCAGCCUGCUAAUGUUGUAGACCUAACUGAAGAUAUUAACGAGGCCAGUUUUGUGACUUUAGAAAUUAUCAGAAGACGACAGCCAUCGACAGUGAAAAGAGAAAUCUUGGACACGCAAGACAAUGUUCCAGUCCAACUCGAGCAGAUGACCCAAAGGAGCCCUAAGAGAUCUGCAUCUCAAUCAAGAAAUAACGGAGAACUAACACCACGAAAAAAAGCACAACGAAACCGGUCUAUGUCUGUCAUUAAGCAUAUCAGGCAUAGGAGUCCAGGAAAGCUGUUUAGAGAUAAUGCCAUAGAUACUGACUUGGUAUCUGCAAUGAUUGAUAAUUUAAAUCUAUCGAGACAAGGAAUCUUACCAAAAAAUAAUUUUAAUCUUGAAGAACUUUACAUGGAAAAUAAAUUUGAGAUAGAUUGUACUAAUUACAUAGUUGAUCCAGUUUUACCCAAAUAUGACAUAAAGAGGGUGAAUAUUCCAUGGGAGAAACAUGCAGAGCAUUUAUUUUAUAUUCUCACAAACGUAUUUUCAAAUCCUAUUAACUGCGGGUAUUUCAAUGACGAUGAACUUGAUUUGGUAUUUAGUAUUAUUGCCCUCUCAGAAAAAGCACAAAUGCUAUUCGCAAGACUAAUAAAGAGACAAUAUCGCUGGCAGCCAAUCAGCACUUAUAAAUAUCCAGAAAUUGGUAUUGAUCUCAAGCCAUACUUUGAUGAGUUAGAAAAAUCCAAACUGGUUACCUCCGAAACAGAGAAUGAAAGUCUAGAAACACUUCUGGCUAUGCUAUCAGCAGAUAAAUUGCGCGAUGUUUUUCGGAAGUCCAAGAUACCUUGGAAGAGCAAGACAAAGGAAGCAGCUCAGGUAGCGUUACUGAACAAUACUUCCACCAAGGCCCUCUUUCCUGGAAUGGAAAGUCCAAUUACAGUAUUGCGAAAAACUGUCUUAAAUACCUUGGGUCAUUGCAUAGCCUUGCCAGUUGGUGUGAUAAAUUUAUUCGAAAGAAUAAUUGUGUUAUUUAUGCCAACGGCGGAACCAAAGAUUACACUUGCAGAGAUAUUUUUCAAAUUGACAAUGGUGAAGGAAGGUACUUUAAUUUUCCCCAUCAUACCUACAGAACUAUAUCCAAUAUUUAAGGAUCGAGAACAUCUAAUCCGUUACACCGAUUGGUGGAAGAAAUAUAAACAAGUAAUAGAAACACCAAGAACUGAUGAGGUGCAGUGGAAAUCUUUGAUACCAAUUGGUCAAGAAGCAUACAGCAGAUUUGUUGACCUCGAGACGAAUGCUACAAGGCAAGGAAACACGUCAUUACCUAAGCAUCUUCAACGAUUCUUGGAACCAUAUUUGUGCAUUAAAAUAGUUACCAGUUGCUUAGAACUUUUCAAGAGAGAACAAGCCCUCAUUCCUGAUGUCAUUAUCAUGUUGAAUACGUUAGUCAAACAAGAACACUGGAUGCAAAACAAAAAGGCUAAAUGGUUUGACGAGCUUGCUCUCAUCCAUACGAGUCACCGAAAGGACAUUGUUUCCGCAGCUGAAAUGAUUAUACAGGGAUUGGCUUUUGCCAACAUUUCAGAGACCGGCCGACUCGCUCUCGUUAAAAGAGCAUCUGCUCUAGCUAAUAGAAAAUCAGGUCUAUCAGCAGAUAUUAAAUCCCGACUGGCAGGUUUCAUUGACAAAAAAUUAUUGAGCAAGGUUCCGGCGAUAUCAGUCAGUGCAAACAUGAUCCAAGGAAACCAGCCAGGACGAAAGAGCACUUGGGCAAUAGAUAUGGGGGCUGGCGACAAAGGAUUCUGUAAAGUCGAGCAUAGAGCACAGCUGCAUUAUCAAACUAUGGGUUACCCAGAAGGCUGGCAUUGCGAGGGCUCUCUGCCAAUCACACUUUUUGGACUGCUUCUAUGGGACGAAAUAUAUUCACUUUCAGUUCCGGGAGCGUUUUUAGACCCGUACCAGGAAGCACCACUAGAUUUGUAUACAUCGCAAUUUCACACGAACCGAAAAGAUCAGAUCAAUGAACGUUUCAAACAAUUGGAAGGCUUGACUGCUGAGGAAUUGAGUGACGUUAUUGAAACGUCAUUUGAAAUAAGAAAGCAUUAUACAUCUUUAUUGCCUACCUCUUCGGUGAUUACUGGCACGCAACUAAAGGACAUAGUUCGAUGCAUGGGAACUACUGGUGUGCUGGGAAUUUGCAAAAAAAUAACUUCAAAUUAUGUCGUGUGGCGAUCAGGAUUUCCCGAUCUUGUCGUUUGGAAUCGGCAUGACGGAAAUAUCAAGGUUGUCGAGGUAAAAGGGCCAAAGGACAGGCUCUCCGAUAAACAAACACUUUGGAUGCAUCAUCUGUUGGACUUGGGAGUGCCGACGGAAAUUUGCAACAGUAGGCUGACUUUAUUAAUCCAUUUUUAUAACACCAUUGUAGUUAUCAAAAUGCUAAAGCUUCUGGUAUUGUACUUGUGCAAGGGCCUACAAAAUGGUACCUAA